AUGGGCCCAGAGGGGGAGAAAGAACUAACGGAUGCCGAACUGGACAAGCAGGGGGAGCUUAAGGGACAGGCUCAAGAGCAGCUCGAAGACGGAGACCUGGAGAAAGCGGUACUUGAUUCUGUAGUAGAAUCAGUAUCUAUUAUUUAAAGAAGUAGUAGUAGGCGUAGAAGUACGCUCUAAGAAAAUUUGAUGAAACUGCUAGCGUAGACAGUAGAGGUACCAAAAAGGAAUCGAUGGUUCCGCAAUCAUUUCUCAAUACUACAACAACAAUGUUAUGAAUCUUCCUUCCUGUAGAUCGCUACGCUUACGGAGGCCUUGAAGAUCGGCAACUGUACCGCGAUGAUGUACUCGAAGCGAGCAGAUAUGCUGCUGAAGGCCAAGCGACCGAAAGCCGCCAUUGCUGACUGCACGAAAGCACUAGAACUGAACCCGGACAGCGCCAAGGCGUACCGCAUUCGUGGUUUGGCGGAACGUCGUCUGCACAUGUGGGAUGCAGCGCACAAGGACCUGGAAACCGCACAGAAGUUGGACUUCGACGACGGCGUAGAGGAAGCACAGAAGUUCGUCGCAGCCAAGUGGAAGAAGCUGGAGCAAGUGCGCACGGCGCAGCGUCUGCAGAAGGAACGAAAGAUAAGACUUUUUACCGUAACUCAUCUUGAGAAGCUGCAUCUUUGGCCCUGUUUUCUUGAGAAGGUGUUAAUAAAGAUCGAUGGUUUCUUAGAUGAAUUAGGGUCAGCUCUAAUGAAGUCCCAAAAGGAGAAGGAAAAAGCGAUCAAGAAGCGCAGGGCUGAAAUCAAGAAGGCACAGGAAGCCCAGAAAAAACGCGAGGAGGAGGAAGCCCGCGAGCGAGCAGCGAACGCAGGAAAAGGCGGCGGCUUUCCAGGUGGAAUGCCAGGCGGAUUCCCAGGUGGCAUGGGCGGCAUGCCAGGUGGCAUGGGCGGCAUGCCAGGUGGCAUGGGAGGCAUGCCAGGAAUGGGUGGCAUGCCAGGAAUGGGUGGCAUGCCAGGAAUGCCAGGCAUGGCCGGCAAAGGAAAAGGUGGAAUGCCCGCAGGCAUGCCAGGUAUAUUUUAAUACAAGAAGUUCAAAGUUGUUGAAGUUCUUUCGCUGUCUCUGUCGUGUGCUUGUGAUGAAAGCAGCAUCUUAAUAUUGAACAUUUUCCAUAUGCCGAGAUCCCAGGAGAUGAGCAGACUUAUGAUUGAUUUGUAUAAGUAGUACAAACAAGUACUUCUGGAUUAUUCUAAUAUUUUAGAUAAGGUAGAAGUCAGCGUCAGUACAACAACAUAACAACUUCCAUCAGUUCUACAGGCAAGUUUUCAGUUUCACGACGUUUCUACAGGCAAGUUUUCAGUUCUACAGGCAGUUUCACACAAUACACGAAAAUGCUCAUCUUUCUUGGCCUCAUUGACUUCUAUCUAUAAUAACCAGAUGUGAGUGGGUUGUUGUCUGACCCUGACUUGAUGGCGGCGAUGUCAAAUCCGAAAAUGAUGGGAGCUUUUUCGGAGAUCAUGAGCAAUCCUGCUGCUUUCGCUAAGUAUCAAGACGAUCCAGAGAUCAUGGGCCUCAUGACCAAAAUGAUGGGCAAGAUGGGUGGAAUGCCUGGAGGCAUGCCAGGAGGAGGUAUGCCUGGAGGUGAUAUGGGAAGCGGCGCAGCGUCCUCUGAUGGUGCCGCACCGGACUUUGCCAACGUCGAAGAGUGCGACUAAAAUGGUUAGAAAUACUUAAAGACACACAGCAUAUGAUGCACACACAGCAUACGAUGCUAAGUCUAUUUACAUAAAUUUAGAUACUUCAAGGACCACUGCUGACUCCUUUUCAUCACUAUUAUAUAUAGUGCAUAUGAUGGAAGACACUUUCAGGGGAAAUCUUCGUGUACUAGAUACUCAACAUAAAGAUGAAUAUCAACAUUCAUCAUGACGUGCUAAAGAAGAUCUGCUUUAGAAGUCGCAGUCGUGUAGCAUAGCUAGUAUCGAAAAUCAGUGCUGACAGAACAACUGACUCCUGGUGCUUGCGGGACUUGUGAUCGACUUCGACGUCAGUCGCGUGUACUGGAUUCUAUUCAGCAACAGAGACCUCUACUUAUGAUAUGGGCAGACCAGACCAUACCCAGAGACCACCACAAUGAUCCGCCAUAUCACAUCACCCAUACAACAAGAAAUGAUCAUACUUACCACCCGCGAUAGACUUUUGUUAUUUCAUUUCUCGCAAUAAUGAUGUCGAUGGACAUCUCUACUCACAGACCGAUGUUAAAAAGGGCGAGAAAGGCGUAGUAAUCCCCAACGCGUUUUGUCACGUCCCCCCUUGCUCCUUGGAAAUUGCCUAUGAAUUUCGUGUGUUAAGGAGGCUACACACCCUGGACUCAACAUAUCGUAGAGUCACGCUGUUGAGGGUCGUGCAGGUGUGCCAGUUUACAUUUAAAUUGAUAAGAAUGUGCUGGUCGUGUUCAUCGCGAUUUGCCCUUGUACUUUCGUGGUUGGGCUGUCAGAUCUUGCUAAAACAGGUCGUCGAGGCCUUUUUGAUGGUCAGAUCCCCGCGUCAAGUGUAUGAGGCGUUAGGCCCACUGUCUUCUAUGAUUUUGCAGCUCUAUUCUGUACAAAAAA